AAAAGAAGGCCCGGCAUUGCUACUUGGAGGCCGUAAAGAAAAUGACCAAGGCAUUUGAGAGAGUUACUUUGGUCUCUCAGGAAGAAGAGCGGUCGAAGCUAGAGCCAGGUGAUGAAACCGAGUAGAUCGUUCUCCGAGAAGCCUUCCCGGAAAGAAUGGUGCGAAUAGGUAGGGAUCUGCCCGGGGGACUUCGAGAGGAAAUCAUCUCAGUCCUUCGGGAAUACGCAGAUAUUUUCGCUUGGAGUGUGGCGGACAUGCCGGGCAUAGACCGUUCUGUCAUAUGCCAUCGUUUGGCUAUGAUGGAAGGGAGCAGGCCUGUGAAACAGAAGAAGAGGCACUUGGCGAACGUCCGGAGGGACUUUGUAAAGAAAGAAGUGAAGGAUUUGCUGGCGGUCGGGCACAUAAGAGAAUUGGCUAAAAUUGAGAGUUUAGAUCAAUCAAGUACUGAUCGGUUUGAAGUCGCGGCUAUCCAACCGGGCCAGAAUUCGGCAACCGGGAUAAUCGGAGCAGAUGAUGACUGGAGGUACGAUCUCAUGGAAUAUUUGGAGACCGGUCAGAAACCGGAUGACGAGGAACGGGCCAGGAAGGUGGUCAUGCGGGCUCCCCGUUUUCAGGUAAUUGAUGGUCACUUGUACAAACGUGCCAUUGGUGGACCUCUCCUACGUUGCCUUACCAACCCAGAGGCUGAACGGGUAAUAGCUGAAGUGCAUGAGGGAGUUUGUGCAGCCCAUCAAAUGUCUCGCACCCUGGCUCAAAGGAUAAUAUUGCUUGGCUACUACUGGCCUACCAUUGUUGGGGAUUGUGAGCGGUAUGUCCAGAGAUGUAGGACGUGCCAGUUUCGCAACCCCCGGUUCACUGAGUACUUGGCUAGUUUUGGAAUCAAGCACAGCAAGGCCUCAGUAGCUUAUCCACAGGGAAAUGGCCAAGUUGAAAAUGCUAACCGGACGAUAGUGGACGGCCUAAAGAAGAGGUUGGGUGAAGAAGGCCAUAAAUGGUUGGAAGCUUUGCCUCACACAGUCUGGGCGCAUAGAGUGACUUCAAGAAGGGCAACCGGAGAAACUCCAUUUGUGCUCACUUACGGAUUUGAAGCCCGAUUGCCAGUUGAAGCAGAAAUUCCAACAUUUAGAGAAACCGUGUACCAGCCCGGUCAGAACGAGGUCGACCACCUAGCUGAGUUAAAUUUGGUGGAAGAACGAAGGACCCUAGCAGCUGUCAAGAUGCCCGGUUACCAGUAGUCGGUAAAGAGAUAUCACGACAACCGGGUGGGCCCACGGUACUUCCAAGUGCAUGAUGAGGUCUUGCGCAGACGGGAUGCUAGUAAACCUAACGAGAGAGGCAAGUUGGUGUGAAAUUGGGAAGGACCCUAUCGCAUAAAGGCGAUCAUCCGGCCGGGCACUUACCAACUGGAGACUAUGGAAGGUGGCUGGGUUGACCGACAUUGGAACUCUCAUCACUUACGUAAAUUCUUUAGAUAAAGUGUAAUGAGUUCCCUAGGUGUUAAUAAAACUUUGUUCUUUUC